AUGGAAAAUCUCUAUGCAACAAAACUUGUUUCACGUUCAACUAGUUUUAUUAUUCCACUUGGAACUCUUUUAAUUUUAUUUGGUAUAACAUCAAUUAUUUUAUCAUCAAUUGAUCUAAGUUAUAGUCGUUCAACUGUUUAUUAUUCAUCAAUAAAUAAUGUUAUAACGCCAUUAUCUGUUUCAAGUGCUCAUUCUGAACAAUCAAUAUGGCCAACACUUGGUAAAGGAAUAUGGUGUGGCCUGUUUUUUAUUGCUCUUGGAAUAUUUGCAUUAAUCUCACAUCGUGAAAAAACUUUAAUAUCAAUGAGAAUUUUAUCAUGUCUUUCUUUCAUAUCAAUAUUUAUUAGUCUCUUUCUAUUUUUAUCAUCAAUUCUUAUUUUUCAACGUUAUAUAUUCGAAGGUCGUCUUAAUGCUGAUCAAAGAACAUCAAUGGAACAAAAAGAACUUAUAAUCAAUGUUCUUCUUUUUAUUUGUGGAGUUUUAUCAUUACUUGUUUCAUUAAUAUUAGCCAUUGGGACAUUAGUUUGUGGACAAUUUUGUCAACCACAAAUCGAUGAUUUAGAACAAAUUGAUAGUGUUUAUCAACCACCACCACCACCUGCUUAUGCAGCACCACAUUAUUAA